CUGUCUCUACUCAUGCAAAAGAUUUCACUUCUGAUAAUAAAUAUACAGAAGAACUCUGCACUAUCGAUUUCUACGAUCAAAGGCUGAUCCUCUCCACAACAACAAUGAACAUCUCUGAGGAGCAGAUACAUGGCGUCUAUGGAAGUGACUCCCGCCAAGAGAACAUCAUAUUUGCAACAUUUUACAUCCUGGUUUUCGUCAUCGCUGUGCCUGGAAAUGCCUUGGCGCUGUGGGCCUUCUUUCGCCAGGACAGCACGUCUCCAUCUAAGGUCUUCCUGAGGCACCUAUCUGUAGCAGACAUCUCUUACAUCCUCAUUUUACCCAUGAGAAUAGUUUACCACCUAUCUGACAGCCACUGGCCUUUUGGACAUGUCCUCUGUCAGCUAGCAGGCUUCCUCUUUUACCUUAACAUGUACUGCAGCCUGUAUUUAAUGAGUUUCAUCAGCCUGGACAGAUUUCUGGCUGUGGUCCUACCUAUCAAAUCACAGUCAGUUAGGAAGGCUGUGUAUGCGAAGGUAGUUGUUGGCAUACUUUGGGUGACUGUCAUUGUGUCUAUGAGUCCUAUACUUUUCUCCAAAAAGAACAUGACCCACAACUCAAAUGGCAUCUGCAACAAGUUGUACUUAGAAAAGACAUCUCCCACAGCUUUGAUCUCCACUAUUGUGGCAUUUGCCAUCCCCCUCACCACCAUCGUGGUUUCUUACAUAAUGAUCCUGCUGAAGCUGAGGUCACUCAAGCAACAGGAAGAACGCCCAGUAAAAGACAAAGCCAUAAGAAUGAUCAUUCUCAUCGUGAUGAACUUCCUGUUUGCAUUCGUACCCUACCAUGUGAGCAGGGUAAUCUACAUUCAAAGCCACAGUCACAGUAUGACUGCAGCAACCCACGAGGCUCUGGGAAAAGCCAACAGGAUCACAUCUGCACUGACCUGUGUCAGUGGUGUACUGGAUCCUGUGAUGUAUUUCUUCUUGAACUGUGCAUACAGGGACAUGCUGCUUCAACUGUUCUGCAAAAAGCUAGGAAGAUAAUCGAUAAGCAACAAGUACCAUGUAGUCAGUAAACAUUUUUAAAGGAAUUGUCCUGUUUUGAAUAAUUUCUAGAGACAUGGUCAGACUUGAAUACAUUCGGAUUUCUAAAAUGUAGGUUACAAAAUGAUUUAAGGUACCAACAGAAUUACCACCUGUCAAAUACAGGAUUGAUUUAAAGGGUUUUUUAUUUGUUUUUAAAGCCAUAUUGCCUUUAUUUGACAGGACAGAUUAAGCAUGGAAUCAAAACUGUGGCCAAUGCUGCAAAGACAUUACCUUUGUACGUGGGACACCUGAGCUAUUGGGCACCCCAAACAAAGUAUUUUUUAUAAGAUUAAGGCUUGUGCAUAAGGGAGAUCGUGUCUUUGUGGUAGCUGCUCUAAAGCUUUGGCAUAGCCCUCCACUCUACAGCCAGUGCUCCCCCUCCAUUGACACUUUUAAGACAGAUCUUAAGCUGUACAUGUUUUCGGUGGCCUUUGGUUGCUCUUAUUGGUUUUAUUGUUUUAGUAUUUUGUAAUAUUUUUACACAUGUAAUUGAUCUUAGCAGUUUCACUCUGUUAUAUUUGAGUGAUUAUUAUAUCUGUGUACAUAUAAUAUUGCUUUGUAAUUUCUACUACCUUUUGUUGCUGUUGUUAUAUAUAUUGUAUAUUGUAUAAUA